AGCAACUUGACAAAGCAGCGUUUUUUUUUUUUCUGUACUCAGACUGACAAAAUGAUGUAAUGCUCCAUAAUUCCCAGUGAUUGUCUGUGGUUAGAACUUGUUUCAUCGCGUUUAAAAAGAAAAUCUUCCUCUGUCUGUAGAUCACCCAGUAAACACGUCUCUGGGUUAAUAGCUAUGUUUAUCAGUUGGGAAGUUGUUGUUCUUUUAAUUCUUGUGAAUCUUAGCUUCGAACAAAACAACGUAAUUCUCUCAUUCUUUUACAGGUGUUCUGUGAGUGAAUGAUAACCUUGAAUCAUAUCGUCUUUUUUUAAUGUCAUUUCUUGAAAAAUACUUUGGAUAAAUUGCUACAGAUGUCCAUGAACAACCAAAACAUGGCAACAUUAAACCUCAAAGACUUUUAAAACCAUGGAGAGCCUUGUGCAUUACAGUAACCCCUCCCAUGCCCUCUCAGUGUUGGGGGUUCUCAACGAACAGCGGCUGCGGGGCCAGAUGUGCGACGUGGUCCUGAUUGUGGCAGACCAAAGGUACCAGGCCCAUAAGAGUGUUCUUGCUGCCAGUAGCGAGUAUUUCCAGUCUCUUUUUACACGAAUGGAUGGAGACUCACUACGAGUUGUGAACCUGGACUUCUGCGAACCCGACGCCUUCGAGAUAGUUCUAAAUUACAUUUACUCCUCCUCUCUUUUUGUGGACAAAGGCAGCCUGGCAGCCAUUCAAGAGCUUGGCUACAGCCUUGGAAUCCCGUUUCUUACAAACAUUGUGUCGACGAGGCCUCACGCUUCCUACUGCGUGUCCAGAAAACGGCUCUCGUACUCAGAGGGGGAUGAGAACGAUGCCCAGACAAGGAGCGUUAUUGUGUGUCGGGUCCAGAACAGCACAGCCCACCCCUCUCACUCAAAUUAUCAGGGAAAAACAUCAGAGAGAUCUCCAUCCCCUUAUUCUCCUCGAGGGGCGGCUCAGCUUCCAUCAGAACACAACUCGCAUGAGUCGGUCAAGAACUCUGAGAUCGGCGGGAAAGCAUCCGAGCAGAACAAACCCCCGGAGAGGAAGUCCAGAUAUCCGUAUUCCACCAUACUGAAAGGAAAUUUAUCGCACGUCAAAUCAGUCAGGCCUCAGCUGACAUCAUCUGUAUCUUUUAGUGACGCUGAUGUGCAGCACAUCAGCCUACAGUCUGGUUCUGACCAGGACACCAAAGAGGAAAUCGAAGAGCUCGACCACCGCUAUCACAAUAACGUUCCCUUCCAGGGUCAGGCCAGAGAGCAGAGCCAGCUCACUGACCGGAGCGGCCCACUCAUAAAAAGCCUCCUCCGGAGAUCACUGUCCAUGGACAGCCCUGUUCCGGUUUUCUCCCCGACGCUGGAACUCAAAGAUCUCCAAAACCGAGAACAAUCGGUUGUCAAAAUUGCCUCAAAGGCAUCAGGAACUGAAACAUUCGCCCACAACGGCAACUCGACUAGAGCGUCCCCUCUGGUUCUCAGGUCCAAGUAUCUCAACAGGUAUGAUAAGGAAACUCAGGUAGAAGAACAUGUCAGUGUGAAAGCUGAGCCGAGCAGUCCCCUCGCCGAUCCCAUGGACAUUGUUCGGAUCACGGUUGGAGAUGCUCUGCCAGUUAAUCUCAAAGACUUGCAAACAAAUUACAGCCAGGGCUCCAGGACAGAUUUUAGUCUUCCAUGUAAGAGGAAGGAGCGGCCUGACAACAGAAGGUACCCAUUUAAGAAAAGUAAAGUAUUCAAAGAACACGUUGCUUCACAGGAGACAGAACCUCAGCAUGCAAACAGCGACCCCAGCGAGAACAACACAGAACCGUCUUCAAAUAAGAUUUUUAAAUGCUGGAACUGCCUCAAGGUUUUCCGCUCCAGUGCCGGACUGCAUCGUCACGUCAAUAUGUAUCACAAUCCGGAGAAGCCGUAUGCUUGUGACAUCUGCCACAAGCGCUUCCACACUAACUUCAAAGUGUGGACUCACUGCCAAACCCAGCAUGGGGUGGUUCAGAACCCGGCUUCGUCCUCCAGCUCGUCUGUGCUGGACGAGAAGUUCCAGAAGAAGCUGAUAGACAUCGUGCGAGAGCGAGAAAUAAAGAAGGCUUUGCUCUGGAAGCUGAAGAGGAAUAAGCAGGGUUUGCAGUCUCCUUCUCUUGCCAAAAAGAGAUCAAGGUCCAGCUUUGUGUGUCCCUACUGCGGCAAAGUGUUUGUGUUCCAGUCCCAGUACAGGCAGCAUUUAAGGACACAUCCUGCUGAAAAGGCCGACCAGGACACAGGGAGUGAGAGUGUCCUCUAUCCGGAACAGGAUGAGAUCCUUCAACACAACAGCACAGACACCACUGGUGUUUACUCCUGCAGGCUAUGUAAUGUUAAGCUGUCAUCGCUCGUGGAGCAGGGCGACCACGAGAGAGGCUGUCGGCACGCAACCGUGUGCCCUUACUGUGGCCUCCGCUUCUCGAGCCCGGUUGUUAAGAAGGACCACGAGGCCCAUUGCAGGUACAAGAAACUGACAUGCCUGGAAUGCAUGCGCACCUUCAAAUCUUCCUUCAGCAUUUGGCGCCACCAGGUGGAAGUCCACAACCAGAACAUGAUGACUGGUAAAAAUCAGAUUCACCUGAAGCAAUCAGAGAACGAUGAAGAGGCGCCGGACGCUCUGGGAGAGGAGCCUUACGGCGACGAGCCUUUGGCGCCUGGGAACUUUCCAGAGAACAUCAGUUACAGCGAUUCGUCGGGUCCACCCAUGUAUGACUCGGAGGACUCCUCGUCCUAUGUGCCUGAGGACCUGAGCAUGGGCCACCACGGCAAACUGGUUGUGAAGGAAGAGCCGUUGGAGGAGGCGGUGAGUGAGAGGGACGGUUCAGAGGUCGGGAAAGCUGGGCCUGAGGAACACGGGGUGCGGCCUUGCGAGAAAUGCGGCAACCUCUUCAGCUCUCGCAAAGACCUGGAGCGGCACCAGGAGCUGCUGUGCCACAUCAAACCGUUCAUCUGCCACAUCUGCAACAAAGCUUUCAGGACCAACUUCCGCCUUUGGAGCCACUUCCAGUCCCACAUGUCGACUGCCAGCGAAGUCGGCGCCAAAGAGAUGAACAUGCACGCUCCUCCCCUGUCUCCCUCCCCGCCUCUGACUCCCCAGAACUCGGAGCGCCGUUCUCCACAAGCCUCUGUGCUCAGAUCCCCUCAGGCACCAGCAGCGGCGACCAUCCCGGAGGAGUCGAGCAGCCCGGAGCCCUGCGGCUCGUCGGCGAGCCGGCCGGGGGUGGAACCCAGCGGCCACGGUGGCUCCCUGUCCCGAUCCAACAGCCUGGAGAACCCAGGCGGCCCUCACGAGCCGGACACGCUCUUCUACCACGCACCGUCUCUGUCCGCGCUGACGUUUAAGAGGCAGUACAUGUGCAAGCUCUGCCACAGAACCUUCAAGACGGCGUUCAGCCUGUGGAGCCACGAGCAGAGCCACAGCCACAUGUAGUCGCCGACGGCGCCGCCUUUCCCCUGAACUCUUCGUGUUAAGAUGAGCACAUCCACAAACCGGGCUCUGAAUGUAAAACUUCUUUGCUUGCCUGCAGUUGUAUAUUUCAAAGUGGCCAUGUUUAUUAAAGAUGUAAAGAUGAAUGUGCAAUCAAUUGCCUAGUGUGAGACAAUUAUACAAGCAGUUAAUUCUUUGAAAGCCUAUAUAAGGAUAUAUCUUUUCAACAUCUUUAGUUGUUUGUAUUUACCCAAGUAUGUAUUUUGUAAAAACAAGGUACAGAGUUGUUACCCUCUUUCUUUCAGCUGAUUUUGCUUUAGUUGUAAAAGGUACGUUCUUUCAGAACGUACCUUGUUCUUUCAGAGUGUGUGUGGAGGCGCAUUAAGAUUUUCAGGCUCCUGUUAAAAGUAAAUAAUAAUGCUUUUGCAUUUACUUUGGCUCUUUCUCUUGGUGUGGGUGGCGUCCCUUGAGAUACUAUCAGUGGCCUCGAUGAUGUAAUCAAUAUGCACUUUGUUGAAAAGCUUAACUCCGUUGUAGGACAUCGCGGACAGCCGUGCUUCAGAUCAUUUAGUUGUGUGAAGUGCAAAUGAAAUGUUAAAAAAAACGAUCCGUUUUUCUCCGAAUGCCUUUCCAACAUUCAAUGUGUUCAUUGGAUAAGGUUUCCUGUGUCGUUAAACCAGAUCACUUACAUAGUUAAUGGAUUUUUCUAACAAUUAGCCCAAUAAUUGAUGUUCAGUUAGGUGGUCCAGUCCAAUCAUUAAUCAAAUGUUCUUACCAAUAGAGGUAAAGAUGUAGAAAAGGCAUUAAAUAAACUCACCUUUUACAGCUGCAGCACUCUUAAGAACAUAGAAAAAUACAACCUUUAAGAAGUUUUAACUAUUAUAGCCCAUAUUAAGGAAUCUUUUGUUUUUAACCAGGUUUCUAGUCCAGGCAAGAAGGUAGAUGUAGUGAACCAGUUCAGUGUUGCUGAUGUUUUGGAUAAGAUUUCAAUAUGCAAAGCACUCUAGCUUGUUUUAAACCAAGCUGGAUAAAUGUGUUCACUUUAAAAUGUUGAUAUUUUUUCUUCUAAAUUCUACGUUUCUUACGCUGCUGCUUCAAAAAGAAUGAAUUUAUAUGAAGUCUUUUUCCACCCUUCUCCGGGCCGGCCAAUGCAUUUCGGCAAAUCUGCGUACACAUUACAGGCAGCAAGUUGGAACUAAAAGAUGUUUUGCUGAACACAGUUCAUGGUUUCAUAGGUGUUCUUUUGCUGUCUGGCCUUAAAAUUCUGCAAACCGUUUCUGUUUCUCACCUCUUCUUGCGUUUAAACCUGCAGAACCAUUCAUACAGUCAAACAAACGCUGAUGGACUCACUAAAGCUUUCUGAUGGCCUUAUGCAUUUUUUUUUUUGGUUGUUUUUAUUGUUUAUCUUAGUUCACAUAAAAGCACAAAUGAUUUUCAGAGAACUUGUGACUCAGGCAUUUUAAGGUGGUUGAUGUUUAGAUGAAGUAACCCAACAAGAUUGUCAAAUUUAUUUCAAAAUACAAAAAAAAAAAAAAAAAAAAAAGAUGAUUGUAUUCCAACGGUUUUGCAGUUGUAUUCUCGUAUUAGUAUAUAUUCCUGCUUUGGUGGAUUAAAUCUUUGUCAUAAUUUAUCCUGACUGCUGCCAUUUAGAGGAAGUCUAAACUGGUUUCUCUUUUUUUUUCUCAGCAGAAAAAAAACUGCAUAGUGAUGUUCUGCAGAAAGUCUGUACUGCUACUAGUGCUCUUAAUAACUUGUGAGGAAAGAAAAAAAAAUUGCCGAAUUGAUUCGAUUUGUGUAAAUGGAAGUGUUUGUACUCUCGAUUUUGUACCUUUUUUUUUUUGUUAGUGAACAGAAGUUGGAUCUUUUUACUCUUCCUGCAAUAAUUGAUAUUUGUAUCCGCAUUGGUUGCAUAAUUGUUGCUUUUGGAGUUUUCUACGUUUAUUUUGUGCUACACUUCUGUAAUAAAGAGUAACAGUGGAGUAAAAAAUAUGA